UUGGCAACAAACAGCGAGACCGGCCAUUCGCAAGAGCCAAAUAAAAUAACAAAGGGUGAAGACUGAAGAGGAAGAAGAAGAAGAGGAGGAGGAGAUAAUGGAAAUAGCCGUUAAAACCCACUUCUUGGGUUUAAAUCCAAAGAUAAUAUUAAAUCACAAGAAACCCGUACAUGGCUUUACUCCAAAGCUUACCGGUAGAAGCUCUUGUUUUUCACGUCAUUUGAGAUUUGAUGCUCCAGAAUUUCUCGCAGGGAGAAGCCGUGAAUAUCUUCCUGCUGUCUCUGCUAUAUUAUCACCAGUCGCAGAAGAUGUUGGAGUUUCUUCGUCUCUGUUUGAUGAGUUCUCUAUCUCUCGUACAAGUACCAGUGAGGCUGGAGAACUAAUGGUUAGCGUUGAGGUCUUUGGCAUCAGAACUCAAGCGAUUUUCGACAUUGUUUUUGACAAAAUGGUUGCUGCAGCCCAGCCGAUCCGUGGCUUUCGAAGAGUGAAAGGAGGAAAAACACCGGAUAUACCAAGAGACAUUCUCUUAGAAGUCCUUGGACCUUCUAAAGUUUACAAGCAAGUAAUCAUGGAAGUAAUCAACUCUACCAUAGCUGAAUAUGUGGAAAAGGAAGGUUUAAAAGUCGGCAAAGACUUGAGAGUUGAGCAGAGGCUAAACAGACCCUUAUUUUGA